ACAGAAACACACCCAUCCCCCACCCUAACCUGGUAGUUAGGGGAAUAUUUCGACGGGGGUGGGUCUUGAGAUGCAAUGUUUUGAGCGCGCGGGGAGAGAGAGAGAGAAACACUGUUGCCGCAACCAUUCUUCCUUCCUCCGGGUUCCCACCGCUCUUUCCCUCGCUCCCGUCAAAAGUCCACCCGUCGAAGGGGCGUGGAGAAUCCUCUCUCUCGUGCGUCGCACACCGAGACCUGAGCCUGUUUGGAGACGCGCUGCAAGGGAAGAUGGAGAAACGGCAAGCACAGUUAUCCCAGUGUAGAGAACAAGAAAACAAGGAAAGCUGUCAUUUAUGAUGCAAAUAGUGCUUUUCCUGUCGAUAGGAACUUAUUUUUAGCGUAAAGGUGCUCUCUGAUCUGCUGAAGGAACAUGGAUCUAUCUGGUGGCCAGCAUCAAUAUGGAGGAUCUAAGAAGAGGGUGAAGAUCCACCCCAAUUCCAUCUCAGUGAAAUACGCCACCCACUUCCCCCAACCCGGAGACGAGGGUUACGACGACGCUCCUUCCUUUGAGGACUUUGGUUCCUUUGCAGAGGCCAGCCCUGCUAAGAGAUUGGUGACAGACAGAAGUAAGAUGACUUUCUUUGGCACCAUAGAGACCCCCAGGCCGCUAGGGGGGAAGGGGCCAGCAGGGGGAGGUGUGGAGCCCCCGAGCAGGGACAAGGGUGUCGGGGGACAGCUGGCUAGCUUCGGGGAGGCCAACGUCCUGGCGUCCCGGGUCACCUGGAUGGCGUUGUUCGGGGCAGCGGUGGCUCACGGCUGCGUUGCUCUGAUCACGCGGCUGGCGGCGGACCGUUCCAAAGUACCGUCCCUGGAGCUGAUCUUCAUCCGGUCUGUGAUCCAGGUCCUGUCCAUCACGGUGGUGUUUUAUAACCAGGAGGAACCCUUCGGCCCGAAGGGUUACCGCGUCCGGCUCUUCUUCUACGGUGUCUGCAACGUCAUCUCCAUCACCUGCGCCUACACCGCCUUCGCCAUCGUGCCGCCCAGCAACGGCACCAUCAUGUGGCGCGCAACCACCACGGUGUUCAGCGGCGUGAUGGCUUUCCUGUUGUUAGACGAGAGGCUGGGCUACACGGACGUGGUGACGGUGGUGGGAAGCGUGUUCGGCCUGUGUCUCGUCAUGAUCCCCAAUGUGGCCGACGAGGAGAAGUCCCGCCUCACCUUCUGGAAGGAGGCGUUCGGCUACACCAUGACGGUGAUGGCCGGCCUCACCGGCGCCCUGUCCAUGAUCGUCUACCGGGCCAUCAAGGAGCGCGUCAGCAUGUGGACAGCGCUGUUCACGUUCGGCUGGACGGGCACGGUGUGGGGCGCCUCCACCAUGUUCGUUAUGCAGGAGCCGAUCAUCCCCCUGGACGGCGAGACGUGGGGUUACCUCACGGGGAUCUGUAUCUGUUCCACCGUGGCGUUCCUGGGGGUCUACUACGCCCUUAACAAGUUCCAUCCGGCCCUGGUGAGCACCGUGCAGCACCUGGAGAUAGUGGUGGCCAUGUUGCUUCAGCUCAUGGUGCUGCGCAUGGUCCCCUCCGUCUACGACGUCGUCGGGGGGCUGAUCAUCAUGGCCAGUGUGUUUACUCUAACGGGAGUGAAGCUAUACAGGGUCAGCCGGGCUGUACGGCAGGACUACCAGGAGAUACUGAACUCACCCAUCAAAUAGAGCCUGGACUCUCUCUCUCUCUCUCGCGCUCUCUCUCCCUGUCUCUCUCUCUCUCUCUCUCUCUCUCCCUGUCUCUCUCUCUCUCUCUCUCUCUCCCUGUC